AUGAAUAUUCUGGUGGCAUGCAGGGAGGGUGACUGUAGCGCUGUCUCGGCCAUCCUUAAAGCGGCGCAACUCCCCGCGCCCGCCUCUGCGUGUAACGUGGAAGCUGCAGCAGAUCUUGUCGUGCAGCAUGUAUGCACUGCCGUGUGCAGCAGCAGCGAAGGUGUGGCGACUGUGAGGGAAGAGGUGGGCUGGGACAUGGUGAUGAUGGGUGUUGAGGAUGUCUUGGUGGGCGAUCUGUCUCUGAGUGGUGUGACUCGCCAGAUGGUGUCUGCGUCUCUUGCUGACGAUGCUGGUGUUGAGGCAUCCUUAGUCCUCUUUCAGCCGCACCAUGAUAUUGUGAAGGGUGGCGUCGAAGUCACGGCAAAGCUCUUUCCAGAUGCACUGGGGGGCUACGUAGCGAUCACCAGUGCCGUGGAGUACGAUGCGUUGUUGGAUAUAGUGAAGGGGAGUGCAUCCUUCUGUCAUGUCGUCCGCUCCUCGUCGCUUCUGAUGCGCCUCAUCCUUAGGCGUGGGGGAACGCAGCGUGUGGUGGUGAAUGUCUGGUGGGUGCAGGAGGUGCACGCCCGGCAGUUUCUCUUCCCCAGUGGUCGUACCGGCGAGUGGCGGCCAUCUCUCUGCGUUUUGGUUCUGGCGGUGCGUGACGCGAAGGUGCUGCAAGAGCGACUUCUCUCUUUUCACAUAUCCCAUGCGGCAAUAGACUCCUUUCUGCAGCAGCAGGGAUGGGCCCCAAUUGAGGGGGGAGAGAGCUUGGCUCUGGCGGUGGGUGAUGCGGCCGACCCCGAGGAAGUGGAAGCGGAGCUUCGCGCUGUGAGGCGUGAAAUUGGGACCCUCUACACAUUUAUUCAGCAGGAACGCAAAGGCAGCGCGGCGCUGGAGAAGACACUCGAGGGGCUGCGGGAAACCAGCCGCAGCUUUGCGAAGGAGCAGGAACGUUUGGAGGAGAGGCAGCACGACAUCCUGCAGAGCGCGAAGCGCCGGAAGGAAAAGUUCGACGAGCAGCGAAGUCAGGUGGACGCUCUCAACGACACAUGUAGCUUGCGCGUGGCUGCUCUCCGCUGCGAGUGCGAUAGGGAGCUGCAGCUAGAGAUGGUGCGCGCCGAUAGCGAGCGUGCUCGCGUCGCGAGGGCGAUGAAUGAGGAGGUGAGGCAUACAGUGCUGCAAGCGGAGCGGAUCCGCAGCAAUGUGCUGGCCGCCCAGCAGCGGCGAGAACGGCUGCUGGACGACAUCGCACGCAGAAGAUCGCGGGUGGCAACGCUUGAAGAGGAGGUGCACCUACGUUCUGAGUCGUGCUCCACAGACGACAGUGCACCUCCGCACACGCCAGCAGCAAGCGUGGUGUCCGUGCGCCGCCAAGACGUAGAGGCGGAACUGCGGCGGCUGGACAAGCGGUGGGGGGAGUUGCGGCAGUCGCGCGCCGCGUUGCUUGAGGAAAAACGGGAGCUCGAAGUGAUGGGCCGCUGGUGGGCGGAGCAAUCAUGCGACGGCAACGACACGAGACGCAGUGGCUGUGCAUGGGCGAGAGAGACUUGGGAGUUGCGGCAGGCGGCGCUGGUGGGGGAGGAGCGCGCUGCGCGCGAAGCCCUCUGGGCCGUGGAGUCUGCGAAUAGGUGCGAGUGCAUUGAGCUUGAGCGGCUGCGUGCGCACUGUGCGUGUCGGGUGCCGCUUGCGGAAGGCAGUCGGCAGUCAUUGCUACUUGACGCCAAGGAGCAGCGACGGCGCGAUGCGAUGCUGCGGGAGAUCGAACGUUUCACGCGAUUGAAGGCGGCAAUGCGGCGCGAGAUGCGGGCCGUGCAGCUUCAAGGUGUCGACCACGAGAAUGCGCUGCGCCAACACUUGGAGGAGCUAUCUUCGGAGUCAGCGCGGCUGGAGCGCGAGCGCGACGCAUUCGAUAAUGCGGCGUUAUGUAACGGCGUCACAGCCGAGGCGAAGGAUGAAGUGGAGUCGUUGCGGUGCACACUCCUCCUCAUGGAGGCGUGCGUUGAGGCUCAUCUCCCUUUUGAUGGUCCAUUAGCCACAGUCGCAACAGCAAGUGAUUGGCACACCGUCUCGUAUGGGGUCAUGACGCAGCGGCAACGUGUUCAGGAGGAACUCGCUGCCUUGACAGAGAGGAUGCGCCAGCUGCAGGAAAAGUGUGCCGAACUGGAGCAACAGACAACCGCUGAGAAGGACACAUUGGAGGCCGUUUCACUUCAAAAGACGGCGCUCAAAUGUUAUGUCCGUGCACAUGCGCAAACUACUUGA